UCUCCCCAGACUCCAGUCACCUCCACUCUGCGCGCUUCGACGUGCGAACAAAGCAAGGUACCCACCGCAGCAAAGAAAGGCGGAGGGAAGUGGAUUAAGAAUCGAUCUUUCCCCGACACUUUUUAUCCUCCUCGAGGAAUUCAGUUCCGUUCGGGAUUCUCCAGCCAGCCAUGGCAGCCGUUCUCCCCGGCUUCGGCCGGCACAUCGGCGACCUCCUCAGCAAAAGCAGUGGUUUCAUCGCGGGGUCGCUGUCGGCGGCGACGUGCGCGGACGAGGUGGAGCAGGCCGACGGCGCGGGGUGCCAGGACGACGCGGCGGCGCUGAGGCUCAAGUGGGUGGCCAUGGCGGCGAUCCUCCUCGCCGGGGUCAUCGGAGUCGGCCUGCCGCUCGCGGGGCGGAAGCGCCGCGCGGUGCAGACGGGCAGCGCCGCGUUCGUCACCGCCAAGGCGUUCGCGGCGGGCGUGAUCCUCGCCACGGGGUUCGUGCACAUGCUGCACGACUCGGACCACGCGCUCUCCAGCCCCUGCCUCCCCGCCACGCCCUGGCGCAGCUUCCCCUUCCCCGGCUUCGUCGCCAUGCUCGCCGCGCUCGCCACGCUCGUGCUCGACGUCCUGGUCACCAGGUUCUAUGAGGGCAAGCACCGUGACGAGGUUGCGAGGGCCAAGGCCGACGCGGCUGCUGCGCUCGCCGCGUCCACCUCUGCCGGUGCCAGCGACGAAGACAUCACCGUGGUCACCGUCGUAGUACAAGAGGAUGAGCGCAAGGCCCUGCUCUUGCAACCCCACUCACAUUCGCACGGUCACGACCUGGCGCAACAACCCGAAGGACGGGAUGGGGAGGUGUCAGACCACGUGCGCUCCGUCGUGGUGUCACAGAUACUGGAGAUGGGGAUUGUGUCACACUCUGUCAUCAUCGGGCUGUCGCUAGGGGUGUCGCGGAGCCCCUGCACUAUCAGGCCGCUGGUGGCGGCGCUCUCCUUCCACCAGUUCUUCGAGGGCUUUGCUCUUGGUGGAUGCAUUGCGCAGGCACAAUUUAAAAACCUUUCAGCAGCUUUGAUGGCGUCCUUUUUUGCCAUUACAACACCGACGGGUAUUGCUGCUGGGGCUGGUUUGGCCUCAUUCUACAACGCCAAUAGCCCCAGGGCUCUAGUGGUUGAAGGCAUCCUCGAUGCUGUGUCAGCUGGCAUACUUAUAUACAUGGCGCUGGUGGAUCUCAUUGCUGCCGAUUUCUUGGGUGGCAAAAUGACAGGAACGACGCGGCAGCAGUUGAUGGCAUAUGUCGCCCUGUUCCUUGGCGCGCUCUCCAUGUCGUCGCUUGCAAUCUGGGCCUGAAGACGGCGGUGUUCCAACGCAUCGCCUGUGAAAAACGUACAUCACUAAUGUUUAUAACUGUGUACAGUGUUCUUCUGAUCACAUACAUGGCAUAACAUGCCCUGGUUUUUUGUGGGCAUGCGAGGUGAUAGCCCUGUUGAAACACCCAUGUAAAUGUUACAGCCCCUCCGAUGAAUCACAACUACCAUGGUUGCUAUGUGUGGUGGUAAUGACCAGUCUAUUGGUUGAGCCGAGCAUAAAUUCGAGCGACUCUAUGAAACUUUGGUUAAAUGCAAACGAAGAGUAUCCAAAGAUUCUACUGCCGAAAUGCAAAUAUAUGGUGCAUCUA